UGUCAGGUUGGUGGGAGGAGCCAGUCGCUGUUCUGGUACACUGGAGAUGAAACUGGGAGAAUGGAGACCAGUGGAUGGUUAUAGAUGGACCCUGGAAACUGCAGCUGUUAUCUGUGAACAUCUGGACUGUGGUUCUGCUGUUUCUGUGGGAAAGAGAGAGGAGACCUCAGCCAGAUCUGUGUGGAGGAUCGAAUCUGACUGUACUCAGUCUGGAUCUUCUCUGAAGGAAUGUGCAACACCAUAUUAUCGUGGCUCCACUUUGAAUCUCGCCUGUUCAGACUCUGUCAGGCUGCUGAAUGGAUCCAGUGUGUGUUCAGGCAGACUGGAGGUGAAGUCUGACCAGACCUGGUCCUCAGUGUGUGAAGCUGACCUUGACCAGCAGGAUGCAGAGGUGGUCUGCAGGGAGCUCGGCUGUGGGCCUCCUUCAGUCCUCCAGGGGGCGCUCUAUGGAGAAGGGGAGGCUCCCAUGUGGACCAAAGAGUUCCAGUGUGGAGGCCAUGAGUCUGCUCUGCUGGACUGUAGAAGCUCAGACUCUGAUAGAAACACCUGCUCACCUGGCAGAGCUGCUGGACUCACCUGCUCAGAUCCUGAUGAUGUCAGGUUGGUGGGAGGAGCCAGUCGCUGUUCUGGUACACUGGAGGUGAAACUGGGAGAAUGGAGACCAGUGGUUGGUUUUGGAUGGACCCUGGAAACUGCAGCUGUUUUCUGUGAACAUCUGGACUGUGGUUCUGCUGUUUUUGUGGGAGACAGAAAAGCGACCUCAUACAGAUCUGUGUGGUUGAUUAACUCUGACUGUAUUCAAUCUGAAUCUCCUCUGAGGGAAUGUGCAGAACCAGGUCAUGAUGACUCCAUUUUGAAUCUCGUCUGUUUAGACUCUGUCAGGCUGCUGAAUGGAUCCAGCCUGUGUUCAGGCAGACUGGAGGUGAAGUCUGACCAGACCUGGUCCUCAGUGUGUGAAGCUGACUUUGACCAGCAGGAUGCAGAGGUGGUCUGCAGGGAGCUCGACUGUGGGCCUCCUUCAGUCCUCCAGGGGGCGCUCUAUGGAGAAGGGGAGGCUCCCAUGUGGACCAAAGAGUUCCAGUGUGGAGGCCAUGAGUCUGCUCUGCUGGACUGUAGAAGCUCAGACUCUGAUAGAAACACCUGCUCACCUGGCAGAGCUGCUGGACUCACCUGCUCAGGUAGAAGAGGAGCUGCAGCUUUGAUCUGCUUCAUUUCUCUUCUCAUCAAACUCACUUUGUUCUUUUACUGAUGACUCUCUGAUCUCUGU